AUGACCCUCGCACUGGACCUCAUCAACCGAAACUUCGUUGGCGAACUCGCCAAAGGCCAGCCACUUUACGAGAAAACACCAUCGGAUGCACGACAGGUUCUGGAAACUCUUCAAAAGCAUGUCCCCGCCCCCGAUAUAGCCCAAGAUUACAUCGAUGUUCCACUCGGGUCUGGCUCAGUGAAGACGGUCAUCUUUCGACCUGAAAAUGCCAAUCGUGAUAUACCGUCCAUCUUCUAUACUCAUGGUGGCGGUUGGAUCCUGGGAGGUGCCCCCAGUGCAUUCGGCUCUUUAAUGGAAGACCUUUCCCGCCAGACGGGGGCCGCAGUGAUAUUCCCACACUUUUCUCCCGCGCCAGAGAAGCAGUACCCAAGUCAAUUCGAAGAGUCAUUUGCCGUACUCAAAUAUAUGGUCGAGCAUGGCGACAUGCACCACCUGAAAACAGAGACCAUGUCCUUUGCAGGCGACAGUGCUGAGCACAACUUACAAGACUUUCAAGGAGGGACCAUAUCUCUCACGGAGCGCACGAUGGACUGGAUGAUCGAUGCCUUUAUACCCAAUAAACCGGAUAGGUGUAACUCGCUCACCUCGCCGCUGAGCUUUUCGUCCGAUGAAGAGCUAGCCCAGUUCCCGCCUACGACGCUGUUUCUUUCUGGCGCAGAUCCGCUCAUUGGCGAGGGCGAAGCAUUUGGAUUACGCUUGCAGAAAAAUGGGGUCGAUACUUCGAUCUUGAGGGCUGACGGGCAGAUUCAUGAUUAUGUGAUGCUUGAACCAAUACGCCAGACUGCGACUGCGAGGGCGGUUGUGGAGCUUGCUGCGGCCCAUUUGAAGAGGGGUCUUGUAUAG